AUGGGUAGAAGAAGUAGGGCUGCUAUGCUCCCAACAAAUAUCAUUCUUUUACAGAAUUUGGUGAAACGUGAUCCAGAGUCCUAUCAAGAGGAAUUUCUUCAACAAUAUGCGCACUAUGAAUCCUUAAGGGAUAUAUUUCUGCUGAAUGGUCUCACUGGAGGCGAUACCGCCGCUGCUACUAAUGGGCUAGAUCUGGGAAAUGGUUCGUCUACAAUGGCUGGUACUAAUGGUACCACCAUGAGCACUUCCACCUCUCAGCUUAUUGAAUUGGUUGGUUUCGUAUCUCAAGUUUGUUCAUGUUUCCCACGUGAGACGGCAAAUUUUCCGUCUGAGUUAAAACAGCUCCUACUGGAACACCAUAAGUCCUUGCCAUUCGAAUUGAAAGAAAAAAUCUUGAGUUGUUUAACAAUGCUGAGAAAUAAAGACGUUAUUACUGCUGAAGAAUUGAUUCAAAGCUUAUUUCCGUUAUUAGUGGCUUACUCUUCUCAUGGUAAUUCGCUUGGCGCUAAUUCGCACGCUAAGGAAUUGAGAAAAAUCAUUUAUACGAAUUUGAUUUCUCUACUGAAGAAUUGUAAUACUAAUGGUAAGAACCAGAAGUUAAACAAAUCUACGCAGGCCGUUUGCUUCAAUCUGCUAGAUAAGCCUGAUUCUCAAGGUAUCUGGGCUACCAAAUUGACUAGAGAGCUCUGGAGACGUGGUAUUUGGGAUGAUUCAAGAACUGUAGAAAUCAUGACCCAGGCCGCAUUACACCAGGAUGUUAAGAUUGCUAUGUCUGGUGCGAUGUUUUUCUUAGAUGCUGAUAAAGAGCGUGAAGAGAAUUUUGAAGAAAAGUCAGAAGAUGAGGAUGGAUUUGAUUUGGAUGCAUUGAGGCAUAAGAUGCAAGUCAAUAAAAAAAGUGGCAGACGUGGUAAAAAGCUAGAAAAUGCCAUAAAGACUGUUAAGAAGAAGAAGAAAAAUGGUCCUGGCGCCCCUCAAGGUUAUUUAAACUUCAGUGCUAUUCAUCUUCUAAGAGAUCCACAGGGGUUCGCUGAAAAAUUAUUCAAGGAGCAUCUUUCAGGUAAAACGAAGAACAAAUUUGACAUGGAACAAAAGAUAUUCUUGAUGCAAUUGCUUUCAAGGUUGAUUGGUACGCAUAAGUUGAUUGUUUUAGGCAUUUAUACAUUUUUCCUAAAAUAUCUAACUCCGAAGCAAAGGGAUGUUACCAGAAUUAUGUCAGCAUGUGCUCAAGCAUGUCACGAUCUUAUCCCCCCUGACGUUAUAAAUGUCAUGGUUAGAAAAAUUGCCGACGAGUUCGUAUCAGAUGGUGUCGCUAAUGAAGUUGCUGCUGCUGGUAUUAAUACCAUCAGGGAAAUAUGUUCUCGUGCACCAUUAUCCAUCGAUGAAACCUUGCUACAAGAUUUGGUAGAGUACAAGGGGUCUAAAGCAAAGGGUGUUAAUAUGGCCGCCAAGUCAUUGAUAGCGUUGUAUAGGGACGUCGCGCCGGAAAUGCUGAAGAAGAAAGAUCGUGGUAAGAAUGCCGCCAUAGAAGUCCAAGGAGCUAAGAAAGAAGGUAGGGAUUCCAAAAGACCGCAAUUUGGUGUUGAAAAUAGCGUUCAUGGGAUUGCUGGUAUUGAGUUGUUGGCCAAAUGGAAGAAACAACAUGGUGAAGGAAGUGAAAAUGAAGGCGCUUAUGCCAGUUGGGAGGUAGACGAUGGCAGUAAAGAGGAUGAUGUAGAUGGUGAAUGGGUCUCUAUGGAUAGUGACAAAGAAUACGAUGUUGAUAUGGAAGAUAGCGACGACGAAAAGAACAACGCUGCUGACAAAGAUAAGGAACCAGAUUCAGAUCUGGAAUUAAGUGAUGAUGAUGAGGGGACUAAAGUAGCGAAGGAUCAAGAAAAUAAAGACAUAGAUUCUGAAGCUGCAUUCCGUGAAUUUGCCUCCACACGUAUUUUGACCCCUGCUGAUUUCGCUAAGUUACAAGAAUUGCGCAAUGAGGAAAGUGUUGCUGAAAUCAUGGGUAUCCACAAGCAAGAUAAACGUGAAGAUCUAGUCGAUUCAAAUACACUAACCGGUCCUAUCAGAUAUAAACAGUCACGUGAAGAAAGAUUGCAGAAAGUGCUGGAAGGUCGUGAAGGUAGAGACAAAUAUGGUAGCAGACGUGGUAAACGUGACAACGUUCAUUCCACCACUAACAGAGAAAAGGAAAGAAGAAAGAAUUUUGUUAUGUCUAUUCACAAGAGGUCUGUUAGAGGUAAACAAAAGAUGUCUCUGCGAGACAAACAAAAAGUGUUACGUGCACACAUCACAAAACAAAAGAAGAAGGGACACUAA